AUAAAUUCCCCUCCCAUGAUAAAAAGAAUCGUAGAAUGGAUUCUCUGGGACACACUUCUUCCAAGAAGGCCAACGACCCGAGCUUCACAGAUAUAUCAUUCUCUUCUUAUCUGAAACAUUGCGGCGGCGGCGGCGGCGGGGAAGAGGAGUCGGAAAUCAAUGUGUUUGAUGCCAAGAAAUAUUUCAGUGAGGGCACUGAUUGGAAAGAACUAAGCAGCAGGUCAGUAUUCCCUGCUGUUGAUAUUUACGGCCAGAACGAGGAUGGGAUCUCUGCUCUGUCGGAAAUCAGUCGGUUUUCCCCUGUUUCAUCGGUCCAGGCCGGCGGCGGGUUUUGUCGGAGUGCAAAGGCCAGUACUACUCCAACCGCCGCUUCAUCUGAGGCUAGCUGGAAUAGCCAAACCGGUCUGCUCACUCAUCCACCCGGUUCACUUUCCAUAAAGAAUAUCGCCGUCUCUGGGUGCAAGGAGAGGAGGAGAGGCUCCAAAUGGCUGUUUUGCCCCUCCAAGUGCCCCUGCUCCGGCAAGAAAUCAAUCCAAGUUCAGGAAGCCGUGACGCCCCGGCACGUUCAUCCCCAAAGGGCGGUGUUGGAGGAAGGAAACCCAAAUUUGUCUUUGAAACUUCAGGUCUGUCCUGGGGAGCCAGGGCAAAGGCUAUUGCGUCGUUCUCUUCCUGGCGAGGGCGAUUUGGCCACCGCCGGGGGGUUUUCUUUCCCGAUUUUCAAACCCACCACUCAUGCAGCGGCGGCGCCCGUGGAUGACGUCAAGAUGACGAUCAAAACAAGCGCUUUGGGAGAUCAACUACAGCUUAAGCAGCAGCAGGAUCCGCUCCGUGUUUUCCAGCCACCGGUUUCGAGAAAAUCAAUCGAAGAAAUUCAGUCGACGCCUCCGCCCCGCAGGGGUGGCAAUUGUGGGUUUCCGGGAAGUCCUGCUCCUCGGCCGACGGCGGCGGCGGCGGUGGACGAUGAUGCGGCGAGCGAUGCCAGCUCCGAUCUGUUCGAGAUCGAGAGCUUCUCUACUCAGGGAGCGAGCUAUCCGAUGUACCGAAGGCGGGACUCGCUGGAGGACGACCCGCCGUUCAACGCCCGUCGGUUCUCCGCCGCCAUCAAUAUCUACGGCGGCAGGCGAAGCGUGGACGAGCCGGCCACGCCGAGUGUGGCUGCCACCGAGAAUUACCCGCCGAGCGAAGUGAGCAUCGACUGGAGCGUGACGACGGCGGAGGGGUUCGAUCGGGCAAGCACAACCAGCUUCUCCAUCCGAGGUUUGGAAAUGGGAGAGCAUGCAAGGGGCGGCGGCGGCGACAGGCGGGGGACGGCGGAGAAAUGCAAAAGCGGCGGGGGGUUGCUGAGUUGUCGGCACGAGAAGGCUGUGAGUGUGGGCCCGAAUCCAGUGAGACUUGGGAUUGGGCCACCUGCAUUAAUCUCGCAUGUGAGUGGUAGGCCACCAAAGCCCAAUAAGCCAGCCUCUCACCCCGCCCGCGUGUCUCUUGCUUUUGCAGCAUGACUCUCAUACAUACUACUUUCUUCCAUCUCUCCUUGUCUCUCUUUUUUUCACUCAUUCACUACAAUCAUUCAACUCUUUGGGUGCUGUAAAUUUCCGAUUCACUUUUUGAAUUUAAAGUUUGACUAACAAUAUAUUUUAAAAUAUAUUAGAAAAAAAUAUUUCAAAUAAUUUGUUUAAAGUAUUUUUCAAUGUCGAUAAUUUGGUAUAACUUUUAUAUUUUAAUUCCUGGUAUAUUUUUAUAUCUAGUUAGUCAAAUGUUUGAUACGCAAAGCGAAACGGACAGUUAAAUAGGAAUGGAAGUAGUAGAUGUUAACCCUCCGUUCCAAAAAAGAAAUACACUCUUCACUA